AUGGCUGGACGAAAAUGUGUUAUUGAACCGUCAUUGGUUAUCGAUGCUGUACUUUUCUACAAAGACUCAGUUAUUAUUACCAACGUAAAUGGUGAAAAAAAAGUUGCAGUUGCUACUGACAGUGUAUGGUCUGAUAUCAGCUCGAAGCUUGAUAAUCGUAUGUCAGCUAGUGCUCUCCAUACAUUUGUGUAUAAAGGUAGACAUGGGAUAAAGGAACAACUAGGAUUUCUACCGCAGAAAACAUCUCCUGUUCCUACAAAUAUUACUGAUGAAAAUCAAUUCUCAAACGGAUCGGGUACGUAA